AUGUCGAGUUCACCAGAAGCACUUCUGGAAUACCGUCAGCAGCCACUGCUGGAACUUGUUCAUUCGGAGGAGAAUUACGUUCAACAACUUCAGCUGGUCCGUGACACCUACAUGACGGUGGUGGACACGCAGACGCUUUUAUCCCCAACACCUUGCCUCACGCGCAGCGAGAGCUGUCGUUCUGAGCACUCGGUUGUUCCACAUCCAUCUUCUUCAUCGCCGCCACCGUCGUCACCGUCACCACCUCCACCCACACCACCGAUGGAACUAGCGAUCCGCUGGCGAGUGAUAUGGGGCAACUGGCUUCAAAUGACCGAGUGGCAUAGCCAGUUCGUGGAGAAGUUGAGACGCGCAGCAUAUGAGCAGCCUGACAACGUGCCGCGCCUCUUUCUUAAUUCACAAGGACGUUUGCGCUCUAUGUACAUGAAAUACUGCGAAAAUUAUUCCAAAGCCGUGAUUCUAGUGGCGCAAUUCAAAGCUUACUUUGAGGAUUUAAGACGCUUCUACUUUGACAAGAAUGACAUCCUCUCACGUCUCAUGCAACCUAUUCAACGAGUUACGCGCUACCAACUUCCGAUGACCGAAGCACUCAAAAUCACGGAACAGGCUGGUGCACCAGAGUGUGGAGUGUGGAGGGCGGCUGUGGCAGUGUUGAAAAACCUGCCCAACGAUGUUCAGCUAAUGCUUGAGGCGGCACGAAUAGUUGGAUUUCCGGGCACUGUGACAAGUCAGGGAAAUCUGCGUCUCUUCGGUGCCAUGUACGUGGCUCGCACUACACUGGCUGACCUGCAAACAGCACGGACAGCGGCAAGGCAGGUGCUUGCCAAGUCCGGCUCGCACUACUCCUAUUCCCAAGACAGCGCCUCCCUCGCGGUCAAACGCAGAGCCUUCACCUCAACCUCCUUCAUUCGACUCAACAGUGAUCACAAAAGCAUCGAGUGCAGUCAAUGCCGCUUGUUGACCAAAUGUAAUUCUUUAGCCAUUGCAAUCAUAGAAUUACGUUAA